AUGCGUUUCACCGUCCCCUUGAUUGUCAUGGCCGCGGCUCUUACCAAUGCCGCAGCCAUUCCCGAGGCGAACACCUUGUCUCCUGUUGUCCUUACCAGCGACGGCGUAACCUCCGAGGUCCUCGACCUCUCCGCCGACUUGGACAAGCGCCAAACCCCCUCUGCCAACGCCCAAGUCAUCGGCGACAAAUCUGGCAGCGCUGGCCAAGCCGUCGGCCGUGUCCUCAACGCCAUCCUUAACAAGCUCUUCCCGCUCAAGGACUGGAACCCUGCCCGCGAGACCUUCACCAAGGAGACCACCGCACUCAUGUACCAGAACAACCCAGACCGCAACCGUUGGGUCGCCACCGUCUGCUACAACAAGGGCUGGGACGUCAAGGACCGUGGCGCCAUCUCCGACGUUGUCAGCAUGAAGCUCAGCCUCGGUGCUUUCCACACCGACUACGACUGCAUGUACAUCGGCCGCCACAACCAGUUUUACACUCAGUCGGAUGGUGGAUACAUCAACCUUGCCUACCAGUAUGACAGCAGAUUCUGCAGCUACGAUGGACGCACUGCCGAUCUUACUUGCAACUAA